GGCCGCCCGGCCCAGUCCUUUAGACUCUGGCCGUGCGGGGACUGGGCUCUCUGCCUCCGCCUUAUAAAGAGCCCAGCGCAGGGCGGUGGGGAGGCCGGGACCAGGAGGGUACUGGGCUCCACUGAGUCAGGGGGCGCCACCUGUCUUGGCGGCUGGGCUGGCGCGCGCACCGCGGGAACAUGGGCCGCUACUCGGGCAAGACGUGUCGCUUGAUCUUCAUGCUCGUGCUCACAGUCGCCUUCUUUGUGGCCGAGCUGGUGUCAGGCUACCUGGGCAACUCGAUCGCGCUGCUCUCUGACUCGUUCAACAUGCUGUCCGACCUGAUCUCACUGUGCGUGGGGCUGAGCACCGGCUACAUCGCGCGCCGCGCCCCAGGGGGCUCCCAGGCCACCUAUGGCUAUGGGCGCGCCGAGGUGGUGGGCGCGCUCUGCAACGCCGUCUUCCUCACCGCGCUCUGCUUCACCAUCUUCGUGGAGGCCGUGCUGCGCCUGGUGCAGCCCGAGCGCAUCGACGACCCCGAGCUGGUGCUCAUCGUCGGCGCCCUGGGGCUGGCGGUCAACGUGGUGGGCCUGCUCGUCUUCCAGGACUGCGCCGCCUGGCUCGCCUGCUUUCGCUGCCGCCGCCGCCGCCCGCAUCAGGUGGCGAAGGACGGCGCUGACGGCGCUUUCCCGGGACCGCAGGGCGGCGCCCGGCCAGACUCAGGCGUGACCCUUCGCGUGGCCUCUCUGGGAAAGAGCACGGGGAAGGGGGCGAUCGUGUUCGCCAACGUAGCAGGUGAUCCCCUGAACGCCCAGAAUGAGCCAGAAGAGACGAUGAGAAAGGAGAAGAAGUCAGAAGCCCUGAACAUCAGAGGUGUGCUGCUGCACGUGAUGGGAGACGCGCUGGGGUCGGUGGUGGUGGUCAUCACGGCCAUCAUAUUCUACCUGCUGCCCUUGAAAGAGGAGGACCCGUGUAACUGGCAGUGCUACAUCGACCCCAGCCUGACCAUCGUCAUGGUCGCCAUCAUCAUGUCAUCUGCCUUCCCACUCAUCAAGGAGACCGCUGUCAUUCUGCUGCAGAUGGUCCCCAAAGGGGUCAACAUGGAAGAGCUGAUGAGUAAACUCUCCGCCAUGCCGGACAUUCACAGCAUUCACGAACUCCACAUCUGGGAGCUUGUCGGUGGGAAGAUCAUUGCCACCCUGCACGUCAAGUGUCAGAAAGACAAGGGAUAUCAGGACAUCAGCAUAAAAAUCCGAGAAAUCUUCCACCACGAGGGCAUCCACAACGUGACCAUCCAGUUUGAGAGCCUGGACUCGCAGGAGCCCCCAGAGCAGAAGGACGUGCUGUCGCUCUGCAGCUCGCCCUGCGUCUCCAAGGCCUGCGCCAAGCAUCUGUGCUGCCCGCCCCUGGCACUGCCGCUGGCCCACGUCAAUGGCUUUGCCGAGCACAACGGCUGUCCCCCGCUAGACAUGUCCCGGAGUGAAGGCCUCGGUAGAGGAGAAGUUAUGGACACAGUUAUCGAAGUGACUUCGGAGGGCUGUGUGAGUGAUCACGGACAGCAGGCUUUCACCAAAACCCGGGAGGACCAGGGUUAUGUCAACAACACGCAUUUUUAACCUGGGACCCACGGCGUAUGGAGACUGGAUGGAUGAGGCGCUUUCAACCCACCGGUGUGGCUUGUGGAAAGAGCUGGGUGUAUCACAGGCGCUGACCAAACCUAUGAUGUGUCCUGUCUGGGGUCAGAGAGGGGUUGGCUCUUUGGCAAGCUCAUUGACUGUCUGUUAAUUUUUGCAUGAUUGAUACGGUGACCCUGUGCAGGAUCCUGGGUGUCCCAUGCUACUCACCAACAGUUCGAGUUUGCUCAUUUAUUUUCUGAAGCAAACUGCAGUUGUAUAUGUAUGUACCAGGGACAUUGAAGGCUGGGACUCAGUGACUGUGGGCACAGGACUCCAAGAAGUGUUUGUUUUACACUGGUUAGAACUUCCAGCUGACUCAUAGGCGAGCUCAUUGCCAAGUACAUGGCAGAAACUUAGGAACCUCAAUGGCUGUUUUUCCCCCAUUCCACUGGAAGAUUAUAAAAGAGGAAAAAACAGUCUCAUCACUGCAGCCAUUUACCCUUCAACUUAUUUUUAAAUAAAUGUAAAAUGGAUACCCAUUCAGAUCGAACAUAAUCUCAGAAGAGCAGAGGAAAUAGAGUUUAUUGGUGGUUGGAGAGGCCUGGAAGAAAAUGCUUUUUGACAUUUCAUUUUGUGGAGUGGAAAAAAAAUGAAUGUUUACUUUCUGCUGUGAACUAAACAUUUCAAAUGUUUAAAUAUAUAAAAUAUUUUUCUUUUUUCA